AUGGAGAAUGUUGUAGUGUUGGUUGUUGGCGCUGGGCCAGCAGGCCUUGCAACAGCAGCAUGCCUUAGCCAAUUCUCAAUUCCUUAUGUAAUUGUCGAGCGUGAAAGUUGCAGCGCGUCGCUUUGGCGCAACCGCGCCUAUGAUCGCCUAAAGCUGCAUCUUGCAAAGGAGUUCUGUGAGUUGCCACACAUGUCAUACCCACUAGAUGCUCCAACAUACAUACCAAAAAUGUUGUUUGUGAAGUACUUGGAUGACUAUGUUGAGCGUUUCAAUAUUCAACCCAAGUAUCUCACUAGUGUGGAGUCAUCCACAUUUGACGAUGACGAAAAAUGUUGGUCCAUUGUGGCACAUGACAUGGCAAAGAGCACAAUAGUCAGGUUCACAGCGAAGUUUCUUGUUGUGGCAAGUGGUGAGAACAGUGUAGAGAAUAUUCAAAUGAUCCCCGAACUGCAAAGUUUUCUGGGUGAUGUCAUCCACUCCUCAAGCUUCAAAUCAGGCAAGAGCUACUCUGGCAUGAAUGUAUUGGUCGUUGGAUCUGGCAACUCUGGAAUGGAAAUUGCUUAUUACCUUGCGGCCCAUGGUGCCAAUACUUCAGUCGUUAUACGAAGCCCGAUUCAUGUAAUGACAAAGGAACUAAUCCGGUUGGGGAUGACACUUGCUCGCCGCCUUCCACUGAAUCUAGUGGAUAACCUCCUUGUGAUGGCGGCAAAUUUAAUAUUUGGAGACCUGUCGAGGUAUGGCAUUAGAAGGCCAAAAAUGGGUCCAAUGACCCUCAAGUCAAAAACGGGUCGAUCCGCUGUUAUUGAUGUUAGCACUGUUGGGUUAAUCAAAAAAGGUAUCAUCAAAGUACAGGGGAGCAUUAGUAAGAUCACGGGCGAUAUAGUUGAAUUUCAAUGCAGUAAAAAGAUAUCAUUUGACAAUGGUGAGAGCAUGUUAAAUGGCAAUGGACUACCCAUCAAAGAAUAUUCGAAUCAUUGGAAAGGUGAAAAUGGGCUCUACUGUGCUGGGUUAGGAAGGAGGGGAUUGGCUGGUAUUGCAGCAGAUGCCAAGAAUAUCGCCAAUGACAUCAAAUCAGUGAUAGGCGCCAUGUCCAGCUAA